CAAAAAUUAUCCAUGGAUAUUAAUUUGCCUCUUUUUCUUUUUCUUUCGAUUUCCUUCAACUACAUGGGUCAUCGGAAUCUUGUUUCUGCCGACGAUACAUUGAUUAAAACCCAAUGUCAUAAUGCGAAAGUCCCCAAAGCCUGCAUACAAUGCGUAAAAUCUGAUCCCCAUAGCCAAUCAGCCGAUAAAGUAGGCAUUGCUACCAUUGUCAUAACUUGUAUAAGCAACAAAGCCGUGACCUUGGAAAGCAACAUGACGGUUCUAGCUUCAAGCGUUCACGACAAGAAGUUGAAAUUGGUUCUCCAAGACUGCCAAAAAGAGUUUUCCGACGCGAAAACCAAUUUGACUACUGCGAUGGACCGGUUGAAGAACAAAGAUUACAAUCAAACCAAUUAUUUAGUGAAUCAUGCGCUCCAGGAAGAGUUUUAUUGUAAGAACAAUGUGGGGGAUUUACAGUAUACGCUUCCUACUACUAUCUUGAAUGACAUGACGCUUUAUGAAGAACUUUCGGAAGCAGCAAUGAGAAUAAUUGAUAGGUUUUUGUGGGUGUAAAAAAUGAAAUAAAAUAAAAAAAAUUAUAUUUGUUGAAUAAACUUAUAUAUAAUUUGUUUUA